GCACGUUUCCCCAGAGCGCGCUUCGCUCCAGCUUCCUCAGUCGUGCGUAAUGAUCACGGAGACUUCCAUGAGUUUUAAAAGAGGAUGUCGCCUUCCAAGUCAACUCGAAGCGACCUGACAUAUUCCCUGGUGAUGAACUGAGGAGAUGGGAAUCUGGAUUUAUAGACUGUUGGAAAAAUAGCCUCCCUCUCCCUCUCUAGGAUGAUGUUUCUGAGGGUCUGUGUUCAUUUGGGAUCAGUGGACAGCUCUACAGCUUAAGCAGGUGAACUAGUUAGAAAGGAUGGGACGCCUAAUCAGUUAGAAAACCAUGCACUGUUUGACUGAAUGGAGAGAUGGCAUGCGUGCUCAUCUUCGGUCGACUUUUCCCUUUCUCACACCGGCUCAGAGGAACAUCAAUUUGUCUCUUAUCUCUUUUUCUUUCAUUUGUGUGCUACUGUGCACUGUUCCCCAGUGGUGUUGUCAUGCAAAAGUCAGGUGAUCCAACGCCCAGCUGUGUGCAAGCUGGUCGAGCCAAACUGCGCCUACAGAAACCACUCUCCUGUCUUUUUCCGCUGGACGCAAGAAAGAGCAGCGCUGCUGAUGAUGCAUCUCAGCCGCAAACCGACCAAAGACGCCCUGCCGCUGCCCACACCGUCAGGGAUAACACGCCCAGUCCUCCGAUGAGUCACCUCAAGUUUGGCAAUAAAAAGUUACCAAAUGCCAUCAUAGUUGGGGUGAAAAAGGGAGGAACGCGGGCAGUUCUGGAGUUCAUUAGGAUUCAUCCGGACGUCCGAGCGGCUGGGACCGAAACUCAUUUCUUUGACAGAAAUUAUGACAGAGGACUGGAGUGGUACAAAGGUUUAAUGCCAAGGACCCUUGAAAGCCAAAUAACCAUGGAGAAGACACCAAGCUACUUUGUGACCAAAGAGACUCCACACCGGAUCUCUGCCAUGUCCCAGGAAACUAAGCUCAUUGUGGUGGUGCGUGACCCUGUCACUCGAGCAAUAUCAGAUUACACUCAGACUUUAUCCAAAACCCCAGACCUGCCGAGCUUCCAGGAUCUGGCCUUCAGAAACCAGACCCUGGGCAUUGUGGACAUGUCCUGGAAUGCCAUCCGAAUUGGCCUGUACGCUCUGCACCUUGAGAACUGGCUGCGGUAUUUUCCUCUGACUCAGAUUCACUUUGUCAGUGGAGAGCGUCUUAUCACGGACCCAGCCGGGGAGCUGUCCCGGGUGCAGGACUUCCUUGGGCUGAAGCGCAUCGUAACCGACAAACACUUCUAUUUCAAUCGCACUAAGGGCUUCCCUUGCCUUAAAAAGCCAGAGAGUAGUGGCUCGCCUCGCUGCCUGGGCAAGUCCAAGGGUAGAACUCACGUCCAGAUAGACAGAGAUGCCAUUGAGCUACUGCGAGACUUCUACAGGCCUUAUAAUGUCAAGUUCUAUGAAAUGGUGGGACAUGACUUUAAAUGGGAGUAGUUGUUUAAGGCAUAUUUUUACAAGGGACGGGCAGAGUAGAUUUAAAAACCCAUUAUAAAAUGUCAGGUUUCUGUGAUGUAAAUAAUGAGACCAAGAUAAGUCAUGUCAGAACCUUUAAUUUGACACACAGUAUAACCUGUACAGCCCAGUUAGAAACUAACUAAAAUCUUUUUGCGGAAAAAAUAAAAAUAAAAAUUUAAAGCACAAAAUCUUAUAACUAGAGAUGUGAGUUUAAAAAAAACGUCACGUUCAAACUCAAGAUUUUAUAUUUGAGUCACUACACACCUAAAAUCCCUCUCAACAAAAAGCCAUGAGAUCUUCUAAAGCAUCAAAAGGUAUCAGUCAGUAGAAGGGUAGAAAAGAAUGUCCAAUGCAUUAUAUACACCUUUGAAGAAAGUCAUCAUUAAGUGGGGAAAAUAUGGCACAACACUGACUGACCUUUCAUGAACUGGGCAUCCCUCCAAAAUGAAUAAAAGGUGAGAAGAAACAUGUUUAGGGAAGCUAGCAAAAGGCCCACAACACUAACGAGGCAGCAGGAAUUUACGGCAAGUACUGCCUAGUAUGUCUGAUUAUAAGGUAGGUUGUCAAAGCAGAAACCUUUUCCUACAUAGAAAAACAACCUAUGGUCUGAUGAAACCAUUGUUGCACUUGUUGACCAUAAUUCCUAAAGGUACAUUGGGCGUAAAAACAUUGCACAUCACUAAAAGAACACCAUACCAACAGUGACGCAUGGUGGUGACAGCAUCAUGCCUGGGGGCUGUUUCUUUUCAGCUAGUACUGGAGUCUUAGUCAAGAUGGAAGGAAUUAUGAACAGUAAAUGCUGGCCCAGAACCUCCAGACCUCUGCUAGAAAGCUGAAAAAGAGGAAGAAUUUAAUCUUUCACCACAGCAACACCCCAAAGCAUGCAAAUCAAGUACUGCUUUACCAGAAGAACAUAUAAGUUUUGCAUUGGCCCAGCUGGAGGCCAGAACUUAAUCCAAGAAUUUGUGGGGUGAUCUGAAGAGAUCUGUGCACCAGAGAGACCCCCACAAUCUGACAGUUUGGGAGGUUUUUGCAAAAAUGCUUUAACAAACUAUUAGUUUGUUGUUGUUUUUUAAGACGGAAAAGAUAUUUAAAUUGCUUUAAUUUUGUUGUACAGGUUAAAGGUCAUAAUAACGGUGAAUGAUUACAUUGGACCAAUUAUUUAUAUCACCAAAGCCUAGCAUUUCAACAAGGGUGUGUAGACUUUUAUAACAACUAUGUAUUCUACUUCUGGUUCCUUUGCUCUAUGGCUGAAGUGGAUGUUUUGGGUCAUUUGUUUCCAGACAUUUUUCAAGUCAUUGCAGUUCUUUUAUUCGGAGGGACUCUUAUAAACAUGGACCUCGUAGUUGCAGCAGUCUGUUACCAGCGUCAGCAUCCUGUCUGUUGUUAGACAGAACCCUUUCAGCUUUGGGAUCACUUAUUUCAGUUAGUGUAGCUGUAGAUUCCUGCUGACUAGAUUGCUGACUUUCUCACAAAAGAAGAGAUUCUGGGAAAUAGGAUUAGUUCCUCUUUAAGUCAGCUUCCCAGGUUUAAGAGGAGCUAAUCAAGGGAGGGCUUGAAAGCAAGACCUUGAAAAAUGUCAGCAAAGUCUUUAGGGAGGGAAGCAUUAAACUGCUGUACUGUGGUGGGACGUCCAAACCGCAAGGCCAUCAGGAAUAAACUACCAGAAAGUAAUUUGUACUGCAAUUAUUUUACACAGAGUUUUCCAUUCCAGCAUGACUCAGAUAAGUCGACAUAUAAGAUCAAAUCCGUUUUCUUUCCUAAUUGUGCUCAUAUUUUUGUUACAAAAGUUUCAAAUCCCUGCAAUGUUUGACCCUAAGUUUCAUUAAAUAAAACAGAAUCUCAAAUUAUGACUAUUUUGAUGCUGCCAUUUUUAAAGGCUUGACCUUGUUACUAAAACACUGAGAAAAUCACAUUGCUGAAAAACCUCUGAAAACGUUUGGAUCUUUGCCAUUCCUGGCUUUCCAUAUGUCUGCUUGGAUCACAAUUCUUUUGAGGUUUAUUGCAUUCUGUAAAGUUUGUUGUGAGCUUAGAGGCUGAUGAUAUGUGUAUGAGAGGGUGCAGGUGGGAAGAAUUUCAAUCACUCCUCAAAGACAAAGCAAGGAACAUUGAAUGGUUGGAGGUUAUCAAAUAGAUUCUGGGAGUGUGUGUCACAUUAUAGCAGUGAAAAGUUUGUAUUUGGUUACGUUCUGUGAAUACUAAAGUCCACGGUUGUGUGCUUGUCACAGAGGAAUAUCAUUUACUGAUGCAUGAGCAAGGCAUUUAUCUUAUGACUUUACGAGGUAGGUUGUGUGUGGGUAUGCACUCAUGUUGCAUAUGAUGCAAAAUACAGGUCCUUCUCAAAAUA